CAGCCCCCGGCGGCCAGUCGCCGUCCGGAGCUGCGAAGGAACUCGACUUCUCUCCCCGCCAGGCCCGCGCUCAGACCGCGCGCCCCGCUCGGCCAUGGAGCCGGGCCCCGACGCCGAGGAGGCGCGCACGGUGCGCGAGGCGCUGGGCCGCUACGAGGCAGCGCUGGAGGGCGCGGUGCGCGCGCUGCACGAGGACAUGCAGGGGCUGCAGCGCGGCGUGGAGCGGCGUGUAGCCGAGGCGCUGCGCCUGGCCGGCCCGCUGGCGCGCACCGUGGCCGAGCUGCAGCGCGACAACCAGCGGCUGCAGGCGCAGCUCGAGCGCCUGACGCGGCAGGUGGAGGCGCUGGGCUUGGGGACCGGGCAGUCCCCCGCGGCCGGCACUCCCGGCACGCCCAGUCCUCCGCCCGCGCCCGGCGUCCCCGGCCGCGCGCCCCGGCUGGGGAGCGCACGCUUCGCCAGCCACGCCACCUUCUCGCUAUCCGGCCGCAGCCAGAGCGUGGAUCACCAGGACGAAGCCAGUGAGCUGGAGACGAGGAAGGCCUCAGACUCAUGCGUCAUCGAGAAUGGGCACCAGCCGGGGGCAGGUCUGGGCGAUGGACCCCCGGAGGCUGCCCAGACGUUCCCGGUGCCAGAGCCACCCAAGCCUCGCCCUGUGAGCCUCUCCUUGCGGCUGCCUCACCAGCCCGUCACAGCCGUCACUCGCGUCUCUGAGAGGUUCUCGGGGGAGACCUCAGCCGCAGCUGUCUCGCCCACGUCUGCCGCCGUCCUGGGGGGCCUGAGCCCCAGCCCCAGUGAGGCCACCACACCGUGGACCCCCGGUCCCAGCGAGAAGAACCCAUCCGUCCCGCGGUUGAGCGCCGGCUACGGGGCAGCGUCCACAGGCAGGAACAGCGACAGCCCACCCCUGGUGACGCCGCCCCGGUCGCCCCCGGCCUCCCCGCCGCCAGCCGCCGCCCAGGCCCGGCGCCGGGAGCUGGUGAGGUCGCAGACGCUGCCCCGCACGUCGGGAGCACAGGCCCGGAAAGCCUUGUUUGAGAAGUGGGAGCAGGGUACCGCGGGCAAGGGCGAGGGCGAGGUGCGGGCUGAGCUGAAGCGGUCCCAGAGCUUCGGGGUCGGCGCCGGCAGCAUCAAGCAGCUCCUGCUGCGAUGGUGUCGCAAGAAGACUCUCGGCUACCAGCACGUGGACCUGCAGAACUUCUCCUCCAGCUGGAGCGACGGAAUGGCCUUCUGCGCCCUGGUGCACUCCUUCUUCCCCGACGCCUUCGACUACAGCGCCCUGAGCCCCACGCAGCCGCAGAGGAACUUCGAGCUGGCCUUCUCCAUGGCUGAGAAAUCAAAUAACAUCUGCCUGGGAGACAUUUUGAAAACGUUUGGCCUCCUGUUGGCUGAACACCGUCAGGACGCAAAGGGCCGGGGAACCUGGAGACGGGGCACAGAGGAGGAUGUUUGGGGCUGCCUGAUGCUCAGUUUCCAGGAAUCAAGGGGAAGAAGGUCAGAGGGAAGGAAGGUCCCCCCAAAGCCGAGUUUCCUGGAGGGAGUGUUUAUCUCUCCUGCUGCAGCCUCUGUGCCUGGUGACAUCAGCCCCCUGAGCCGCCUGCACGUGCCCACCCAGUGCCUUGAGCGGGGGGAGGCCGCACUCCAGGCCUGGACCCCGGGCCUGGCCAGGGAAGCUGAGGGGGCCGCCCCUCUCCCGAGCCACAGCUCCCGCUCUGGGGACGGAUGGAGACCCUGGCUCUGAGCUUCUUGGCUGAGCUGUAGGAAUGUUGGUAUUGCCCCUGUGGUGUGGUCUCGGGUGACACGCUUGGACUCUGGGCCCCCUUGGGGUCCCAAGAACUCCUUGUAUCCUUUAAAAGCCUUCUCUUUCUUGGCUGCUUGGGAUUAGCUGUCAUCCUAAUCACAGAAACAGCUCUGGAUGGAGCGUGUUAUGCAACUGGACCCAGACGGUGGUGAAGCAGAGCCAAGGGGGACGGCACGGUGUUGGGGAGGGGUGCCUCGCAGGGGGAGGCCCAGCCGCUGGGAGCCUAGACAGGGUGGCGGUCAAACCGCGGACUGCGUGUGCGGGGCUGGGGCUCUGAUGCGGGCAUGCAGAGGCCUACCCCAGCUGGCGAGGCCGCUUGUGGCCCCUGGAGCUCUCUUCCGUCAAGACCAGGGGGCCGUGCCCUGGAGCAGGCUGGGCCGAGCAGGGAGAGUGGUGGCCCUGCAUCCCUGCAUUGCAGAUUGCGGGGAACACAGCCCCCGCCCCCACCCAGCCUGCCCCAAACCCUGCAGCUGGAGCCAGAGCCGUCUGCCGCUACGCUCUCCCAGCACGAGGGUUGGGCUCAUGGAGCCUCCAGACUCGGAACGCACGUUUCUUCUCUUCCCAGCCUGGGAGGUGAUGGUGCAGGCCGCUCCAGGCUUUGCUUUCUUUCCCCCCGGAGCAAACGGGGUCAGCAGCCUGGCCCUGCCUCCCCGUGGCCUGCUCAUGUCUGGGGAGGGGAGGGUGGUCUGCCUGCUCCUGAGAUGAGUUCCGGCUUUCCUCCGCCUUGAGGGGGACCGGGGAGGGGGUGCCCUGGGCAGGCCUGUGUGGGGAGCUUGUUCGGGGUCUGGGAAGGGGCCUCCCCUGGGAGUCCUGUGGGAGGUGACCUCGCAGGGGCAGCUUGGGUCACCUGGUUCCUUGGACGGCAGGCUGGUCAGGAGCAGACAGUGCGGGAUGGAGGACAGACAGGCCUCUCGGACACGGGGUUCACCUCCCAUCAGGAAGGAAGUGCUUCCAGACCCUUCCGUGAGCAAGGGCCGUAGAAGCACAAAGAUGCCCGGGGAACCUGUGCCAUGUCAGGGGUUGGUGCUGCCCCUCCUCCCUGUAAUGGACGGCCCCGGAGAUUCCCCAUGGCCUAAUCUGUGCGAGCAAUGCAGUGUUGACAGCAGAGUGAGCUCCCUUGUUGGACAGGUGUCCCGGGCUUGGGAAGCGGGAAGACCAGCCCUUUUAUGGAAGGGGCUGCGGUGGGUGUGUGGUGGCCUGCCCUCUGCACCCUGCCCCCCCACCAGCCCCAGGCCGAGGGCAGGCCCAGAGCCGGGUGUGUGGCCCGAGGCUCCCGCUUGCCCUGUGGGGAAUGUGUCCUGCUCUCCGGUUACACCCAAGCCGAAGGGGCUUCAGGCUAUUUCUAGUGCUCAUGUGUCUGUCUGAAACCAGACAGGAGGCUGUAGUCCGAGCCUGGCAUCUGCAUUUAGAGGAGGCUUAAGCAAAUAAAAAUAACCCCUCCGGCCCCUCCUCCACGUCCCUCACAGGCCAGCCCCGCAUGGACGGAAGAGCAGAAAAGAGCUGGAGUCGGAGAAUCCUCUGAACCCCUCUUAGCCCCAGGCAAGGUGCGGCCCCGUGAACUCAUUCAAAGGUGGUAGUACUUUUUCCUUCGGGCUGUUCCGUGGUGUCUGAGUUCUUUCAACAAGCUGGUGUGGCGUUUACAAAAGCAGCUUAUUGAUUUAAACGGCAACUUGGGUGUGCACUUCAUGCAACGUGCUGUCAGUUAUGCCUCAAGUUUUUAGGGCGUUUGGGGCCUCUAAUACUUUGAGACUUACGUAGUGUUAUAAAACUCCGCCCUGAUUGUCAUCUUCCUCUUCUCAUAUCCUGAUUCCAAAAUCUCAUUCAGCCUCUGUAUGCAGCUUCUAGGAGUCUUGACGUGACAGUGUGGCUGGCGGGGUGGGGACCGGGGCCCUGGUUGUUUGCUGGGAAGCUGGGACCUUGCCCACAGCUUCCCGUCUGAGUCAUGGCGGGGAGGCCGUGGGGAGGCCUUCGCGCCUGUCCCCACCGCCACCCUGAUCGCGGAAGUCCGGUAAGGGCCCCCUCUGGUAAGAAGGCGGGAAAGAAGCUAGAACCAGCGCAGAGGAGAGACUCCCCGGUGCCCUUUGAGCUCUUUAGUUUCGGGGAAAGGCGCAAUAGGGAGAUCCUCGCAAGGUUCUCUUCCACCGUGAGAUGUGGGAAGAAAUCAGGCUGAGGAUGGACUUGUGGGGCCAAUAGGUAGGAAGGACCCAGGGGCAAACUAGCAUGAGAAGUGUGAGGGCAACUUCCUGGCCUUGGGGGAAGAGGGCCCCUGGCCUGGGCCUGGAGGACAGCCAGCCGACCAGGGCCACCGAGGAGAGAGCACCUGCCGCCUCCCCGGUGUUCGGAGGCCGGCACUCGGUUCUCUUUCCAGGCUGAACGUCAGGGUUUUAAUACGGCUCUCAUUUAACCUGGGGACCGCAGAGCCCAGCGUCGGGGGGAAUGGCCCAGCGCACGUGCGGGGUCGGCUCAUCUGGGAUCUUGGGAGGCAGCCCUGGGCGGGCAGGCGGGCAGGCGGGCAGAUGUUGACUGAUGGCUCGGGAAGGUGCACUCAGGUCAGAAGGCCUUGGAUUUGCAGCCCCUCCCCACCAACAAAGCACUGAUACAGGCCUGUCCUUUGUCAGAGCGCACGCUUCCCGGACACGGAGCCCCGCCCUGGCCCGUCGGGGAUGCCAGGGUGCCCAGCCUGGGGCCAAGCCCCCCCGUCACCUCACAAAGCCACUGGGUUCCCUCAGAGGGACCCGCUCCAGACCAAGGGGGAGGCGGCAGUGGGCCCAUCCAGGACAGAUGUCUGUGUUUCACUGACAUUCGGGGUCUGAGAGGAGGCCUGGCGUCCGGCCAGCAUGCAGGGCGGGGCCCUGAGCUCGUGUUCCGGUCCCGUGCGUGGGGCCCCCAGCACCGGCCCGUGGGCCCCGGGGUGCAAGCCCAGGACG